AUGUGAGUUCCCUUGUGAACAACAUUCUCAUCUAUUAAUCCUACAUUCCAUUACAUAGAGAGAGUCACAAACAUAUCAAUACAAAGAAUGGGUAUUAUUCUCCUGUUGUGUUUCUUGCUCACCGUUUUCACACCAGGCCAUGGUACUGACACAGAUAUAGUCUGUUUGAAAUCCAUCAAAGAAUCCUUGGAAGAUCCAUAUAACUACUUACAAUCCUGGAACCUCAACAACAAAACCGAAGGUUUCAUAUGUAGAUUUAGUGGCGUUGAGUGCUGGCAUCCCGAUGAAAAUAGAGUGCUUAAUCUGAAACUAUCGAACAUGGGUCUCAAGGGGGAGUUCCCGCGGGGCAUUCAGAAUUGUUCAUCUUUGACUGGCUUAGAUCUUUCUAUAAACCAGUUAUGGGGACCCAUCCCUUCUGAUAUAUCAACACUACUCAGAUUUGCUACCACCAUUGAUCUCUCAAGUAACAAGUUCAGCGGAGAGAUUCCACCAAAUUUGGCUAACUGCACUUACCUGAAUACUCUCAAGCUUGAUGACAACAAGCUCAGUGGUGGAAUCCCACCAGAAUUCGCGAGUCUCCGCAGGCUUAAGACACUGUCUCUGACCAACAAUGAGUUGUCAGGACCAGUGCCUAACUUUGCAUAUGAUUCAGUAACUGUUAGCUAUGGUAAUAAUAGAGGGCUUUGUGGAGGACCAUGCUCCUCGCACAAGCACCUCCACCUACACCUACACCUAACAUUUAAGGUUGCCCUCCUUCUUGCUUUUGUUUUAUCCUUCAUCGUUUGUGUUGUUGUGCGCACCAUGUGCUUCCGUGCUUCUUCUAGGACUAGGAAACACAUGAAGCCCGCCAAAUUAGAUACAUUGAAAUAUGUUUGUUCCCUCAUAAGGUGGAAGAUGCGACCGCUUGUUUAUCACAUACGCCAACUGCUACCUCUGCACUUGCAACACAAUGGAACCCAACAGAUAGCGCUACUAGUGGAAAGAUUGACAUCCACUAUGAACUUAGAAGAACUCAAUGAUGCUACCGAAAGCUUUUCUAUUGACAAUGCCAUAGGGGUGGGCAAAAUGGGAAUAAUGUAUGAGGGAGUUCUAGCUAAUGGUUGGCACCUUGCUGUUAAGAGGCUAUCCGAUUCUCAACUGUUUGAGAGAGAAGUUCUUUUAGAGAUAAGGAUUCUUGGGAAGCUUCAACACAGAAACAUAGUUCCUCUGCUUGGAUUCUGUGUGGAUAAUAAGGAAAGGAUUCUGGUGUACCAAUAUACAUCAAAUGGAAGACUUUCCAAAUGGUUGCAUCCUCUGGAAUCUGAGGCUGUGAUAUUGACAUGGUCACAGAGGAUCAAGAUUGCACUUGGUAUGGCUAGAGCCUUAUCUUGGCUUCAUCACACUUGCAAUUGGCAUGUUGUCCAUCUUAAUGUAUCUUCUGAGUGUGUCUUGCUUGAUGAGAGUUUUGAACCAAAACUAUCAAAUUUUGGAGAGGCUAAGUUUAUGAACCCCAACAAACAUGAUGAUCUAAGCAUGACAUUUUAUGUAGAGGAUGGCAAGAAGGAUGUUUUUGAUCUUGGUAGUGUGCUUCUUGAGCUGGUCACCGGAAAAACAUUGAAGGAAUUGGUGUGUUUAUCUAACAAUGCUGACUUAUCUGGUGACCCUUCAACUAUUUAUGAUGCAAUUGACAAGUCUCUUUUUGGGAAAGGAUUUGAAAAUGAAGUGUUUACUCUUGUCAAAGUUGCUUGUGAGUGUAUUCAGCCUUUUCCAGAUGACAGGCCAACAAUGCUUCAAGUUUACAACAGCAUGACCAAUGUAUGGGAAGAGAAUCAUGAGUUUAUUGAUCAUUCUAACAUGCUUGCUAGGGGAUUAGAAAUUGUUUCUGCUACUUCGAAUAGUGGUGAAAUUGUUGAGUUAUAAGAAAUUAGUAUGUAUAAGGUUAAUUAUGAAUGCAUAUAUAUAUUUAAUAAA